AUGCCAACUUUUGUCAAAUCAUCACCACCAUUAAUACUGAUGGCAAUGAUAGCCACCUUAUUUCUCUUCUACACAACACUCAUUUCUGCUUCUGCUGAGGUGGCCACAGCAUCUGUUUCUUCAUCAUCAUCAACAACAACAACAAUGGUACACCUCAAAAGGCUGGUAAGGGAGUCUGCCGAGUUAUACCACUCCGCUCCUCAAGUGUUGUCUGAAAUAGAGAAGAAACGAGGCUCAUCAUCCUCCAAUUACUUUUAUUCUGAUUUCAAAACAGGUACAUGGUAUACUGGUGAUUUUGAAACCUACGAUGAAAACUGUAUUGAGAACACAUUUGUGUUUGUCAAUUUAACCAUUCCAAAUUCGUAUUCAAUGAUACUCAGUGCUCCUCUUCAACCAACAGAUCGAGUGCAUCUAUCAGCUUGCUUAAAAGGCCUUAAAGAUUCCUAUCACUUGUGCGGAAUUAAAGUUGAAAAUGUGUCCUCGUCGGCCUGUGUACGUUAUAGUCAUGAUGAAAAGGAGAGCACGGUCAAAGUGGCCAUCAAUUUGAAUCCUCUCUCAUGUAUGGCUCCAGAUUUUGAUUAUGAUGGAAAAUGCAGCAUUAGCGAGUCAGCUCCCGAAAUUAUUUUCUAUUAUUCAGCUCCCGGUUAUAAUAGCACCAUGUUGAGAAACGUGGUCGUUAUUGUAGUGUUGAGUUUGCUCGUCUGUUGCUGUGGAUGUAUUGCUGUUAUCGGAGGAUGUGUGGGUUACAGGUGUUACAAAAAACGCAGUGCUAGAAAACCAUCUAAUUCUGGUAAUAUUCAAUUGGAUCCACAAGAACAAUAUGCAGAAUUGGAAGACCUAUAA